AUGCCGCUGCACGCCUGCUGAGCUCCCAUGGUCAUGUCCUUGCAAAGCAAAUAGUGCAGCUGCCGGUGCAGAGGGAACGUGAGCAGCAAGGGUGCAGUGUGGGCAGCCAAGAGGGGAACUAUGAGUGAACUUUCCCAACAGUAAUCAAGGAAAUUGCCGCACGCACACACGACUGGAAAGCUGGAAAGAAACUGUGAUUCCCUCUACCAGAGAAUACAUGAAAAAGGGUCACUGCUGGUAAUCAAAGAAUGAUUCAAUUUCUGGGAGACUUAAUUUGGUUCAGAUGACUUCUGCAGUUACUUCAGAGCAUGCAAAACAGGAAAACUCCAUGCAAUGCACUGGCUUUUUCUCGCACAGCGCUCCAGAUGGUUUUAGACCUCUGCGACUUGCUGGGAAGGUCAGCUGUACCACCAUGUGUAUUUGGUUAUUAAAAUUUUUGGCUGGGGCUUCAUCUUAUUUACGUUAUCUGCACUCUUUUCAUCAGCUGAAUGUGUUAACUGCACGGUCCUGUGAUCGGAGUUCUGGGUAGAGAGCAGGGACCCUCAAGCCCUUUUCCUGAUUUUGCUUCUUUCUGGGGUGGGCAUCCCCUCCCGUGUACAUCCUCCUGUGUGCACGCGCAUAUUCUGUGUGUGCCUCAGUUCCCAUCUGUACAGUGAGGUUAUCGGUGCUUAUUUCCUUUGUAAAAGGCACCAAGAUGAUUAUUAAUUAUGAAAAUAACAGCACAUGUCCACAUGUUCCUGAUACGCAUUAUUGUAAUUGCCGAGCUGAGGGCCAUGCUGUGCUCAUGCACGAGCUUUUUAAAGCAGCACCACUUCUGUUUGCUUAAUGGCAGAGCAGUUGGUAUUUUCUCAUUGCUAGCGUGCAAUCUGUUUGUUUUACCCUUUGCUGUCAAAUCGAUUUAAUGAAGGGAUCUUACAGAGGUUUGCACAUGACAUCAGUCAUUGAUCUGUGCAGAGAGGCAGCAAACGCGCUUUCUCCCCGCAGGCGCCGCAGGCAAAUGGCAAAAGCAGUUCAGAGGAAGCUGUGUCACUGCAGAGCAUCCUGACAUCAAGGGAAGCUCAGGAAAAAUCCCAAAUGCCCCCCACGAGCAGCAGAGACACUGUGAUUGCCGAGUGCACCAUCAGCAUGCCUUGGUCCAUGCUGAACUCUGUUCAUUUUAAAAGGGUAUAGUGUUAUUAAGUAAAUACUGCUUAGGUGCCAGCAUCAUUCAGAUGGUAAUUUGCAAUAAACUUUGCAAAGCACGUGGGUAUUCUUACAGCGCUGUGGGUGGUGUCUCGGGCUGGGGGUGGUGUCUCGGCUGGGUCUGGCCCCGGUAGUCCUUUUAGCAGUGCUCUAAUACUGCUGUCUUCGUAUAAAAAAAGGUUGCAGAUUAAAAGUCGGGAAAAGUGAGCAAGAUUAAGGCUGUUGGAGGAGGUGAAGGGAACAGAUUCCUGGUUAAAGAUCAGAUAUGAGAAACCCAAGGCCUUCUAUCUGCCCUCAUCUCUACUGCAGAUGGCUUAGGUGACCUUGUGGAGGCCAUUUAAUUGCUUGGUGCCGCUGUGAAAAGGCAGCCAAUUGUGAGGUAAAGGCAAUUUUUUCUGAUGUUUGUCCACUGCUUGGAAUUAUUAGUCUGAAAGGGGCAAUUGUACAGAAAACCAGACAGAUUCAACGUUGCUUAAAAGUUGUUUGUGUGAUCAUCUGAUUAUGGUGUUUUCCUUGUAAAGAUAAAGGCCUCGAUCCAGAGAAAUGUUUCAGCACAUGCUUUGCUGUAAGUCUGUGGGAGUGCUCAUGUGUCGGUGGCUGGUGCUUGUGACCAGCGAAAAUACGUCACUGUGAGGAAUUGAUAGGGUCAGAGACCUCCUCUCCUCCCACAGGCUUUCUCUUACUUGGUUUUCAUUCUCGCUGCCACUCGUUCUCCGUCACUAAGGUUUCUCUUAGGAGUUUCAAAAAGGCUUUUGUCCCUCUUGGUUGACACAAAGUUUACUGGAGACCCCAUGAGCCAAAGCCCGUGUCCAUGACCCAGCGCUGUGGGAUGCUCUCCUGGGCAGCCAGCAUCUUUCACAUCCCGCUCCUGGCCGUAUCCCACGAGAUACCGUCUUUCACAUCUUGCUCCCACCUGCAUCCCAUGAGGCAGUAUUUAAACUGGUUGAGUAACCUGGCAAACGAGGCCUCGCUGUGUGACAGUCACACUAGGACAAGGCAGGCUGCUGCAAGAGAAAGCAGCAGAGAUGGUGGUGGCAGAAUCCGAGCAGAUGGCACCCCAUCUUUGAUCUACGCAGACAGCCACGUGCUCAAAGGGAGGUGACAUCAGCUUUCCACCUCUGAUAAUCAUAAAUUCAAGGAGAGAAGGAGGUGGGUUUGCAACUUCAUUUGCACCGUGUGGUUCUUAUGGCCAAAAGGCUGAGCGGCAGUUCCAUCUGGACGGUGCUGAGCAGAAGCUGGAGCCAUGCCUGGCCAGUGAGGCGUGAUUUUUGUGGUGCUCAGUGCUGGUCCAGCAGCCUGGGCAAGUGGGGAGCUCUGCACGGGCUGUGUGCGCGUUCUGCCUCUCCCUGCGUGCGGGCUCUUGCAGUGGGGACAGGGGUGCAAUGCAGCACAGGCUGCCCCGGUGCCCCACAUGUCCCACACGUCCCAGAGCACACGAGGAAGCCUCAUGAUGUCAUGCCAAGCGAGGCUGAUAGAUAACAUUUAAUGAAGGCAAUUGGAGGAAGUAAAUAAUUUUAGACCAGAGAUUGCACUUUUAUUUUUGGCGUGCUGGCCGCUGUCGUGCAGUGUGUUACAGCUAGCAAUCACCAAGGACAUCCUAAAGCAGGGCGAGUGCAGCACAUCGGCGGUGACUCCUUGCUGUGAUCUCUGUCAGACCCAGGACAAUGUGCUUUUCUUCUGAUUUGAUGCUAAAAGGACAGCUACAGCUUCCUAGUAAAGUGGUUGCAUUUCAGCUUAAAAUAAAUUACAAUAAUGAUUAAAUCUUGCAAUUGGGAUUGUGAAUAUAUUGUAAAAAAGAAUUUAUUAAUUGCAGGCUGACCUUACAGAUUUAAGGUUAUUAUUAGCUUAUACCUUUUACCUGAGAAAUAGUUCCAGUUGGCAAAGGUACAUUUUGCUACAUUGCUGCAUUUUGCCAUUUACCAUGUAGGGGGAAAAACGUAUGAUCACAUGGAAAAUGUGAAAAAUUAUGCUUUUAAAAAUCCAUCUGUGAAUACUUGCUUUGAAAAUCCUCUGUAAUGAAGAGGAUUAAAACAAAGCAGAAACGGAGAAGAGGCUGCUGCCUACUUUUGACUUAUUUAAAUAUGCACAGAGCUUCCUCCAUUUUAAUCUUCCUUCUAAAAAGAUGGCUGUGUUACUAAAGCUGGCAAGCCCGCAGAAACCAGCAUCAUUUUUUUGCUGUACAGUUCAGCUGAGCAAAGCUGAUGUGGAGUGGGGACCCCCUUCAGCCAACUAAGCAACCAGGACAAUUCAUAAUUCAUAAGUGCUUCCAGCCAUCCAGCUGAAUACAUUUGGAUUAGUUCUCGUUUUUUCGUGCAAUCCCUGAUUUCAUUAUUCUCUCCUGCGAGCAAAUACACCCACGUUCAGCCCUCUGCAAAGAUGCUGUGCCAAGCUUGGCUUUGUCUGGGAUUAGCAACUGCCGGGCGUUGGGGGAUCUCUGGCUUUGAUGAACACUGAUUUUUUUUAUUGACUGGGGAAGGGGGUGUCGGUGUGCCCGAGGAAGCUCUCCUGUCUGACCGGCGAUUUCUCCGUGAGGAUUUGUGGACGGUGGCGUGGAGUUUUCCAAAAUGCCUGAAGCAAACUAUUUGUUAUCUGUAUCUUGGGGUUAUAUUAAGUUCAAGAGGAUGCUGAACCGGGAGCUGACACACCUCUCUGAGAUGAGCCGCUCCGGCAACCAGGUGUCUGAGUACAUUUCCAACACUUUCCUGGACAAGCAGAAUGAUGUGGAGAUUCCUUCUCCCACCCAGAAAGACAGAGAGAAGAAGAAAAAACAGCAGCUCAUGACACAGAUCAGUGGAGUGAAAAAAUUAAUGCAUAGUUCAAGCUUAAAUAACACCAGCAUUUCACGAUUUGGUGUGAAAACAGAAAAGGAAGACCAUCUGGCCAAGGAACUGGAAGAUCUAAAUAAGUGGGGACUGAACAUAUUUAAUGUUGCAAGGUAUUCCCACAACAGGCCGCUCACCUGCAUUAUGUACGCUAUAUUUCAGGAGCGAGAUCUACUAAAAACCUUCAAGAUCUCCUCAGACACGUUUGUGACGUACAUGAUGACGCUGGAGGACCACUACCAUUCGGAUGUAGCUUACCACAACAGCCUCCAUGCCGCUGAUGUUGCCCAGUCCACACAUGUUCUGCUCUCCACCCCCGCACUGGAUGCCGUCUUCACUGAUUUGGAAAUUCUUGCUGCAAUUUUUGCAGCUGCAAUUCAUGAUGUGGAUCACCCUGGGGUCUCCAAUCAGUUUCUUAUUAAUACAAAUUCCGAACUAGCCCUGAUGUACAAUGACGAAUCUGUCUUGGAGAACCACCAUCUUGCUGUGGGUUUCAAACUGCUUCAAGAGGAGCACUGUGACAUCUUCCAGAACCUGACCAAGAAACAGCGUCAGACACUCAGGAAGAUGGUGAUCGACAUGGUAUUGGCUACAGACAUGUCAAAGCACAUGAGUCUGUUAGCUGAUCUGAAGACUAUGGUGGAAACCAAGAAGGUGACCAGUUCAGGAGUCCUCCUUCUGGACAACUACACAGACAGAAUACAGGUUCUCCGAAAUAUGGUACAUUGUGCAGACUUGAGUAAUCCCACAAAGUCUCUGGAGCUGUACCGGCAGUGGACGGACAGGAUCAUGGAGGAGUUCUUCCAGCAGGGAGACAAAGAGCGAGAAAGAGGAAUGGAAAUCAGUCCAAUGUGCGACAAACACACAGCGUCAGUGGAAAAAUCGCAGGUGGGGUUCAUUGACUAUAUCGUCCAUCCACUCUGGGAGACGUGGGCUGACCUGGUGCAGCCCGAUGCCCAGGACAUCCUGGAUACGCUGGAGGACAACAGGAACUGGUACCAGAGCAUGAUACCUCAGAGCCCAUCUCCUCCACUGGAGGAGCGGGGCAGGGACUGUCAGAGUCUGAUGGAAAAGUUCCAGUUUGAACUGACGCUGGAGGAGGAGGAUUCAGAUGGGCCGGAGAAGGACGGCGAGAGCAUCAGCUACUUCAGCAAUACAAAGACACUCUGCGUGGCCGACCCAGGGGAAGAGGAUUCACAGAGGGAGGCGAACAUAGAAAUCGUGACAGAAGAUACGUCUCCUGUCGACACAUAAUGUCCUGUUGCUGUGUGAGUGGAUUUUAAACACUUGAUGAGCACGCGGGCAGUCUCACGGGCUAGCCUGCAGCCUGGGUCUGAGGCCUGUGUCUGACAUGGGCUGAAAGAUCUUCCCAGCUACUUGAGAUUGGAGUCAGGGUUAAAGAUCGUGUAGUGAAUGAUUGCUCAGGAAAUUAACAGGUGAUUUACAUUGUGGUUUAAGCCUUGUCAGCUGAGAGCAUUGUCCUGUCCUGGAGCUGGCUUGGGUCAUGACUGAAGAGUAAACGACACACAACUGAGAGAUUUUAUACUGUUAGUUUUGGAAUUUAUACCAGUUAGACUGAUAGAAACUACUGAUUAAUAACUCUCCAUAUAAAACCUGUCCACCUGACCACCUGUCUGCAGACCUGUGUGCCUUCUUUGUAAACACUUUCAUGUCUUUUCAAGAGUCUAUUAAUUAAAUACACGGAGUUUAGUAUAAAAAGCAACGCAAAGUGUUUCAAAAUUGACAGAUACUUUUUUGAUUCUUCCUGUUACAAGAAGCAGUCUUCCUUUUUUUCAUGGGCAAUACCUGUCACUUUAUUGCAGUUAAUCACUUUUACAGACUAAAUAGAAGGGAAACCCUCUUUUGCAUUAUCGCACCUUUAAUCGUCAUCUUAACACCCCAGGCGACCCAUUUAAAGUCACUUCAUGCCAUCGUGCACCAUCUCUGUUCGCUUGCUAGGAAUAACAGUAUUUUUUCCUCAAUGGGGUUUUAUUUUUGUCGUGCGCAGGAUAGAGGGUAGUUUGUUUCCAUGGCACAGCACAGUACAUAUAUAAGUAACGUGAUAAGGCAGCGUGUGACGCGCGUUCCCCCUCGGCAGCUCCUUGGCUCAGUGGAAUUUGCACGCUCAGAUAUUUGUGUUUCUCUCGCCUAUCGUUCACGUUUCCUAGGGUUAGGUCCACCGUCCUCCUCCUGCACUGCCUUGAGCUCUAACACCUCCAUUACUGUUUAUAACAGUGUAUUUAUUACGUAAUGUAUAUACUGUAAUGUUUUGUAAGUUAUUAAUUUAUAUGAAUUAACAUUGCCUGUCGGCGGCAAUGUUAAUUGUGUAGAAAACUCGGAAUAAGAGUUGCCUUUUUUUCUUGUAACCUUUUGUAUUGCGUAAAAUACAAGAACCUGAACAUAGCUGAAGAGACAGACGCAACCCAGGAAGGGCAUUUGGGUGGCUGCCGCCUGCGGGGGGGGAUGGGGGGGUGGGGGGGGGGGUGUGAGCUCGAUGACCGGACCCCAGGGCAGCGGGCAGGCGGUUGGAAGUGCUGAAAACCUAGAGGGGGGUGGGGGUGGGGGUGGGGGGUGGGACCAGAGAAAAGAAACCCCCAUGGACAGGCCGGCUUUUAAAUAUCACGUUCCAAUUUCUGAACAACCCAAUGUGAAUUUCUAUGACAAAAAUGUGAACUGAUGUAAUAAUUGUGCUGUGAAACUUCUUCUGACAAAGCUUGUCCGGCAUCGUGAGCGGUGUCAAUCUCAGUUUGUAAAAUAUGUUUCAAGCUUUUGGUCCAACUUGUGACUAACUAGUUAAUGAAAUAGCACAGUUGUGCAUGAUCAAUGGGUUUGUAUGUCUGUUGAACACUGCAUUGUUCCAGGUGGUUAUUUUAUUGUUUCCAAAAGUUUCACACAAUGUAUGUUAUAGUAUUAUAUAUUGUGUUCAGAUGCAUUCUUAAGAGAUUUUUAUAUGAAGUGAAUAAAUGAAAGCAUGACCCUG